UAGAUUUGCCACCAUUCACGAUGGCCAAGAAGCCGAGUCCGAAGCCACCGACGCCCGCCAAGGGAGCGACCAAGACGUCGAGCCCAGCCUUCUGGGUGCUAGCCAUUGUCUUUGGCGCGCUCGCACUGUACCUUCGGUACCUCAACGCGCAGGCCAGCAGUGCGCUGCACCUUCCACGCCCGACGACCGUCGGUGUCCCCGCCCGCCACCGCUGGAACGUCUCGUGUUCCAACCAAUACCAGCCUUUUGUGCGCGGCUGCCACAAGCGUACCAAGUGUGGCCGCGCCGUGCGCGACGCGUUCAUCUCGGACGCCGACGUCACCGCUCUGCGGGGCAUUGCCGACCAUGGCAUGGCCGGCCGCUCGAUGCUCGGUGGGCCCACGAUCAUGGACAUCAACACGGGCUUUGUCAAGGAUGCCGACGGCUUGACCAACUUGUACCGGGCCGAUCCGCCCACGCGCUUUAGCCGCUCCCAGUACGACCUCUACAAACGCACGAUCGAGUCCAUUCGGCAAGCGCUCAUGGAGGAGUUUGAACUCUCGACGUUGUAUUUUACGGCGCCGACGUUCAUUACGCGCAUCAUCGGCAACGCCUCGUGGACCGCCGCCGAGAUUCACGAUGAGUAUUGGCACCCGCACGUUGAUAAGAACAAUACGUGGCACUACGACUACUCGGGGCUGGUCUAUCUCUCCGACUACGGCAUUGAUUUCACCGGCGGCCUCUUUGCCUUCAUCGACGACACGAAGAACCACACGUUUGAGCCGGCGCGAGGUCGCCUCAUGAUGUUUCAUUCGGGCAUGGAAAACCUGCACCAAGUGCGACCUGUCGAGACGGGCGCGCGCUAUGUCAUGAGCAUGUGGUUCUCGUGCGACGAGCGCAAGCAGUUCAAGAACUUUCUCGACGGCAAGAUGCACGAGCGCUUUACCCGCGGCGACGACGAAGAAGCCUAAACGACCGACGCGCUCCACUCUUGACGCAUAAUCGACUCGAGGCACAGCAGUAAGAUGCUGUGUGAUCGUUCUUCAGAGGA